AUGCCGGUGACGCACUCAGAUGCAAGGGAUGCUGUUCUCAUCCCUCAGCUUCCCUCUCGACUGAACCACCAUACAGUGGUCUGGCAGGCGUUUAAUAGCCGCUUGAGGGGAGGCAAAUGGUUCCGUCAUUUCCUAAUCUGGAGUUGGUUGUUUUGGGUUUCAAACUCUGCUUCGAAAACAUGAAGGGGGUUUUUGGGUUGAGGGGGGCGAGAGAGAGGUUGGGUUGGGUUUGUUUGAGAACUAACCAGUCCGAGAAUUAAAUUUGCCGCAACCCA